AACAAACCCAAACGCAACUUUUUCCCUUAAAACCAGUCCUUAAAGGUCAUCACACAAGCAUGGACUUCGGUAUUUUCUCCUCUAAUCCCAACAGCAAACCGGAAUUCCAGAACUGUACUGUCCAGAUAAAAGCCUGCGACGUCAAGGCCAAUUACAUGCUUAUAACGCUGUGGGAGGGAGCAACUACCUUUCCAGCCAGGCUUACUGAAGAGAAUAAUCUUUCUCCUAAAGACCUAGUAUACGCUCAAGUUCAGUUCGCCAGUGUUAUACACUUAUCAGAUCGCACAGUUGUGAAGAACAAGACAAUUGCAAGAACUCCAGCUCAGUCUCAGUGUGCCUUAAUUCCGUUACCAGAUGACUUUGUGCAUAAGAUCCAUCCUGUGCCUCCAACCGAUACGAUCCAUGACUUUACUACUAUUCAAUCUGCAACAUCUGAUGAUUACAGGAACACACACUUUACUUCAAUUCCGCAAUGUAUCCAUCCGACCCAAUCAAAAACAACACCAGCGCUGGGCGACAUCGCAGCUCCAAAUUAA